AAAAGCAUCUGUGGGGAAACCCUAAUUUCGUCGAUUCAGUUUCAUUUCAGCCUCGCAUUACCUAUCUCUCUAUUUUUCUCUCUCUCAUUCUCUGUCUAUAUUCAAUUCCCCAAUCUCUCUCUCUCUUUCUCUCUCUAAAAAUUCCCAACUCAUCCGUCUUCUCGAAAAUUCUUCACCGGUAUAACGAUUCCUCGAUCGAUCCGUCCCCUCCUCUUCCCUUAAAGAUUUUUGAAUUAGAAGCUGCAGCAAUGUCCCCAGCAUCUAGGUCCAAGCCAAAGGACAAAAAGGGUGGCAAGGAACCACCCAAAGCUGCUUCAAAGCCUUCAAGUGUAAAUGCAGGUGCUGCAACACCCACUAGUGGAUACAAUCCUCUUUUAGGAACAUUCCAUACGCUUGAGACAGCUCCUGUGACUUCAAAUGCUGCUCUUCAUGUGAAUGGUCGUUUCAGAAAUAUUGACGAGACAGAUGACCAUAGUGGGCACUCACUUGGAGCUAGCACUGAGUAUGAUUCUGUUUCCAAUAAUGGUAGCUGGUCUGGUGAGUCCGAGGACCAUAAAGAGAAAACGUCCAAUCCUCCUCCCCGGCCAGAGACAGUACCUGGCUCUGACAACGACAAGCGCGAAAAAAUCCGUCAGAAAAAUGAGAAGAAGCAUCAACGUCAAAAGGAGAGACGAGCUCAAGAAUUGCAUGAAAAGUGCAGUGGCUAUCUCAUGUCGAGAAAGCUGGAAGCUCUUGCCCAGCAGCUUGUGGCUAUGGGAUUCUCUUCAGAACGAGCGACAAUGGCUCUUAUCUUGAAUGAAGGCAGAGUAGAAGAAUCAGUGUCGUGGUUAUUUGAAGGAGGUGAAGAAGCAGAUAAACAUAAGGAACAUAAUCUUGAUGGUGCGGGUAAUCUGAAAAUUGACAUUUCAGAAGAGCUUGCCCGAAUUGCGGACAUGGAAAUUAGGUAUAAGUGCUCCAGGCAGGAGGUUGAAAGAGCAGUAGUUGCCUGUGAGGGUGAUCUCGAGAAGGCUGGAGAGACUUUGAGGUCACAAAAGCAGGAACCUCAUUCUGUUCCAUCUAAGCCUGAAGAAAGUGGUGAUCUUCCUACCGUGGGCAAUGGCAAGCUUCCAGUUGUCAACAGUCAGAACUUACUAAGAGCACCUGUAAAACCUUCAUCCAGCACAAUAUUGCCAAAGAGGGAUGACAGAGACUUCAAUUAUACGAAAGUUGCAGCCACAGCAGGGUCUUCUGCGGAUAAUGGGAGCAAAAGUAUACAAUCAUUAAAAAAGGCUCAACCGAAACUGGACUGGGCCAAGCCACCGCAGGUGGUGGUGCCUGCUGACAAAAGGUGGCCAAAUGCUGGAUCGAAUCCUUCUGUUUCGUAUUCUUUGGCAUCUCCUCUGCAGGCAUCACCCUCAUCUGCCAAGUCAGAAGCUCGUUAUGUGGCUGUAGGAAAUGAGUUGAAGAAUCUACAACUAGGAACCGUGAGAGAACCAGUCAUAGUUAUGCAGCGACCCAAUCAAUCAAUUAAUCCUAAGCAGACUCCCACCUUAACUGUUAGCUCUUCUCCACCUGGAACUGCAGCAGGGUGGUUUCCUAACAAUUCUAUUGAAACAAUGAAACCCAAUGGACUGAUGCCACAUAUUCCUGGCACAAGAAGCCUGAGCACAAAUGGUGUCAGCACAAACCAGUUGUACAGCCAACUUCAGUAUCAACAGCACCAACUUGUUUCUAGCAGUGGCUCACUUGAAUCGCCAGGAAUAAGCCGGGGGAAUAGUUUGUGGAAUAGAACAGGUGCUCUGCAGACACAAACCCUUUCUCCAGCUUCCUCGCUUGGACUCUUCUCUGGGUUUGGAACCAAUGGUGCAUCUGGAUCAGCAUCUCCAGUUGAUUGGAACAGUGGUGGUGGCUCAAUGGUGCAGCUAGACUACGCCAACAUAGAUUGGAGUUUAGAUCGUGGGACUUCAUCAUCAAGAUUAGGUGGCAUGUGGUCAACGACGAACUCUCUUAUGCCAAACAAUGCUCGUACAUAUGAUUCAUUUACCCCUGGACUCGGUGUUACAUCUGCCAUGAGACCUGUUCUGUCCAAUGGAGGCGGUGUCUCAAUUCCCGGAUUGCAGGAAAGAGUUGCGACAGCGGAAACAUCUACUGGUGGUUCUCGGGAGUGGACUUCUCCAUUUGAAGAGAGAGAUCUUUUUAGCUUACCAAGACAGUUCGUUUCUUCCCCUUCACUGUAGGAAUGGUGAAGUGGAAUUGAAAUGAAUAAAAAGGAGAAAGAAAUGAAAGAGACCAGUAAAUGUGCUUGAAUUUGAUGUUGGUGUUGGUUCUUAUGAUGCUAUUUCCAUGUUGAUGUUUGUUAUGAUCAUCUUAGUGGAAGAGCAUCCCUGUCCUUUGGUUUA